AAAAGAACAUCAUCAUUCAUCAAUGCCAAAACAGCAAUUAGAUUCAGUAACAACAGUAAAAUCACGAUUGAAAAAUCUGUUGUACACCAAUAAAUCUUAAUUAAUUCUGCCCUUUUCCAUUGGAUUUCCCCACUGUCGCACUCGCACUCGCACUCGCACAGUCGAUUUUUUCCAAAAAUUCCCUUGCUUCACGUUCCAUCAUUUUCACAAAGGAACCAACUAGCAGCUCACUCAACAAGGGGCAGAGAGUGAGAGAGUCGGUCAUAUUUCACAGACACACGAACGUGGGCAUACUUUACAUGUCUGUAUGUAUUUGGGUAGUGAAUCGUUUAAUAGGAUUGUAGAAAGAGCCCAACAAUAUGAAACCUGAAGAGGGGAAAAAUCAACCAGAUAAGAGUUCUAGGACGGUAUCAACGGCACUAGUGCUUCUUGUGCUGAGUGGGAUAUCAUUCUAUCUUGGUGGGAUUUUUUGUUCACAAAAUUACAGAUAUGGCAUGCUGGAUAUUGGCAAUGUGAUUCAAUCUUCGAACACAGUAGCUAUAUUGCCUUUCCAAAUCAAAGCUGUUACGUUUCCUGAAUGUGAAUCGAGUUUUCAGGAUUACACACCAUGCACUGACCCGAAGAGAUGGAAGCGAUACCAACGCCCUCGUCUUUCGUUUCUGGAGCGCCAUUGCCCUCCGGUGUUGGAGAGGAAGGAGUGCUUAGUUCCCCCACCUGAUGGAUACAAGUCGCCAAUAAGGUGGCCAAAGAGCAGGGAUGUAUGUUGGUAUAGGAAUGUUCCAUAUGAUUGGAUUAAUAAACAAAAAUCAAAUCAACAUUGGCUGAGAAAAGAAGGGGAGAAGUUUUUCUUCCCCGGAGGUGGUACUAUGUUCCCAAAAGGUGUUAGUCACUAUGUUGAUUUGAUGCAAGAUUUGAUUCCAGCAAUGAAGAAUGGAACUGUCCGGACAGCCAUUGAUACAGGAUGUGGGGUGGCUAGUUGGGGAGGAGAUUUGCUGGACCGCGGGAUUUUGACAGUCUCUCUUGCUCCAAGAGAUAACCAUGAGGCUCAAGUUCAAUUUGCGCUAGAACGUGGAAUCCCUGCAAUGCUGGGAAUCAUCUCAACGCAGCGACUUCCUUUUCCUUCAAACUCAUUUGACAUGGCACAUUGCUCGAGAUGCCUUAUUCCGUGGACUGAAUACGGUGGAAUAUACCUCCUAGAAAUACAUCGUAUUCUUCGCCCUGGGGGUUUCUGGGUGCUCUCUGGCCCCCCAAUUAACUAUCGGAGACGAUCAAGGGGAUGGAAUUCAACUAUUGAAGAGCAGAGAUCAAAUUAUCAACAACUGCAAGAGUUGCUAACCUCAAUGUGUUUCAAGUUGUACGAUCAGAAAGGCGAUAUUGCUGUUUGGCAGAAGCUAUCAAACAACAGCUGCUAUCAAAAGCUUGACGCCCCCAAUAACUACCCACGUAAGUGUGAUGAUGGCACUGAACCUGAUUCAGCCUGGUACACCCCAAUGAGGCCUUGUCUCGUAGCACCUGACCAAAAGCACAAGGCAAUAGCACUGGGCUCGUUAGUGAAAUGGCCUGAGCGCUUGCAUGCAUAUCCAGAGCGCGUUGGUGAUGUCCGUGGCGGCAGUAGGUCUGCUUUCAAGCGUGAUGCAAGCAAAUGGGAGACACGGGCGAAGCACUACAAGAAACUGCUACCUUCGUUAGGAACCAAUAAGAUCAGAAAUGUCAUGGACAUGAACACUGUGUAUGGAGGUUUUGCUGCUGCGUUGAUUGAUGAUCCCCUAUGGGUUAUGAACAUCGUUUCCUCGUACGCGACAAACACACUGCCAGUUGUCUACGACCGUGGCCUCAUUGGAACCUAUCACGACUGGUGCGAGGCUUUCUCCACGUAUCCCCGAACGUACGACCUCCUUCAUCUAGACGGCCUCUUCACCGCUGAAAGCCACAGGUGUGAGAUGAAGUAUGUCCUGCUGGAGAUGGACCGCAUUCUACGUCCGAAUGGGUUCGCCAUAAUGAGGGAGUCGGCGUAUUUCGUGGAUGCUAUCGCCACCAUAGGUAAAGGGAUGAGAUGGGGUUGCCGGAAGGAAAGCAAUGAACGUGGCGACGUAAAUGAGAAGAUAUUGAUUUGCCAGAAGAAACUGUGGUACUCCUCCAUCAAAAGUUCUAGGUAAAUUACAUGUUUUUUAGUGUAUAAAUCAGAUAUGUUGUAGAAGCCAUAAGUAGUAAGAUCUAUAUCAGUUUUGUUUUUUUGCUUCCCAUAAUUAUCACAACUUCAAAUCGAGGCUUGACUAACUAUUUCAAGACUGAGAAAAAAGUAAAGGAGUGGAAGAUGGGAUUGGGAAUCAGGACAGGAGUGCUCAUUUGAUUGAAACAAUUUCACUUUUAUAUAACCAGAGAAAUCAGAAGCCUGCUAUUCGAGGUAAA